UAUUACUCUUUCUCUCUCUAGUAUAUUACAAACUCCGACGAGUAGUAAAUGAGAGGACUGUGAGCCCUCAUUCCAGAACAAGUUGAACAAAAGGACUAAAGGGAAGGACAGAAGAAGAAAGAAAAAGGGGAGUUGGAAAUGUCAAACUCCGAUCACCAGAGCUACCCAUACCCAUACCACCACCACUCCGACACGGAAGUCAUCGGAGCUGAUAGGAAGCUGUACAGCGGCCCACUGAAUCAGAGGGCCGGGAAAAGGAGCGCCCGGCUCAACCUCGCCGGAGACUCUAGCUCGUCGGAGUUAGGGAUCCCGCCGGCCAAACCCUCAAAUGAGGACUCCUACGUAGAGAUCACCCUCGACGUCCGAGAGGACUCUGUUGCCGUCCACAGCGUGAAGACAGCCGCCGGCGCUGACGUGGAGGACCCGGAGCUUGCUCUGCUGGCAAGGGGUUUGGAGAAGAAGACCAACUUGGGAUCCUCCGUGGUUAGAAACGCUUCUUCCCGAAUACGGCAGGUGUCGCAAGAGCUGAAGCGUUUAGCUUCACUGACGACGCGGACCCAUCACGGCGCCGGCAGGAUUGACCGGAAUAAGUCCGCCGCUGCUCAGGCUCUGAAAGGGCUCAAGUUCAUCAGCAAGACGGACGGAGCCUCUGGCUGGGCCCCAGUCGAGAAGCGGUUCGACCAGCUAACUGCCUCCACCAGUGGGUUGCUCCCGCGGGCAAAGUUUGGUGAAUGCAUAGGUAUGAACAAGGAGUCAAAGGAAUUUGCUGACGAGCUAUUCGAUGCACUAGCUAGGAGGAGAAACAUAACCUUUGAUUCCAUCAACAAGAUACAGCUCCAAGAAUUUUGGGACCAAAUCUCUGAUCAGAGUUUCGACACCCGCCUUCAAACCUUCUUUGAUAUGGUUGACAAAGAUGCAGACGGGGCAAUCACUGAAGAAGAAGUCAGAGAGAUCAUAAGCCUAAGUGCUUCUGCAAACAAGCUGUCAAAUAUCCAAAAACAAGCAGAUGAAUAUGCGGCCAUGAUUAUGGAGGAACUAGAUCCUAGCAACCUAGGAUACAUCAAGAUUGAGAAUUUGGAGAUGCUGUUAUUGCAAGCUCCAAGCCAGACAGUAAGGGGGCAUGAGAGCCGCAAUUUGAGCCAAAUGCUGAGCCAAAAACUGAAGCCGACGGUGGAGCUGAACCCUCUGAUCCGAUGGUACAGAGAUUUCAAGUACUUCAUGUUGGACAAUUGGCAGAGAGGUUGGGUGCUUCUACUGUGGAUCGGAGCCAUGGGUGGGCUGUUUGCUUGGAAAUACAUUCAGUAUAAGAACAAAGCUGCUUAUGAUGUUAUGGGUGCCUGUGUUUGUAUGGCUAAAGGUGCUGCCGAAACACUUAAGCUGAACAUGGCUAUCAUUCUCUUACCUGUCUGUAGAAACACCAUUACAUGGCUCAGAAACAAGACCAAGUUAGGCAUUGCGGUCCCUUUUGAUGACAACCUCAACUUUCAUAAAGUGAUAGCAGUGGCUGUUGCGAUUGGGGUAGGAAUACACGCAAUAGCUCACUUGACGUGUGACUUCCCUAGGCUUCUGCACGCUAGCCGGGAAAAGUACGCUCCGAUGGAGCAGUUUUUUGGGCAUCAGCCACAAAACUACUGGUGGUUUGUGAAGGGAGUUGAAGGGGUGACAGGGAUUAUUAUAGUGGUGUUGAUGGCUAUAGCUUUCACCCUGACUACUCCAUGGUUUAGAAGGAAUAGAGUGACAUUGCCAAAACCCUUUAACAAGAUUACUGGUUUCAAUGCCUUUUGGUAUUCCCACCAUCUCUUUGUGAUUGUAUACGCUCUCCUCAUUGUCCAUGGUAUCAAGCUCUAUUUGACACAUAAGUGGUACAUGAAAACGACAUGGAUGUACUUGACUAUUCCUGUGAUAGUUUAUGCUUGUGAAAGAUUGCUUAGGGCAUUGAGGUCUAGUGUUAAGCCUGUCAAGAUUCUCAAGGUGGCUGUCUAUCCUGGAAAUGUUUUAGCACUUCAUAUGUCAAAGCCUCAGGGCUUCAGAUACAAAAGUGGUCAAUACAUGUUUGUCAACUGCUCUGCAGUUUCUCCUUUUGAAUGGCACCCCUUUUCAAUUACAUCUGCCCCAGGAGAUGACUAUGUUAGUGUCCACAUUAGAACGCUUGGUGAUUGGACAAGACAGCUCAAAACUGUAUUCUCAGAGGUAUGCCAGCCACCACCUAAUGGGAAAAGUGGACUCCUAAGAGCAGAUUUUCUGCAAGGGAAUGAUAUUCCCAACACAAGACUACAAGAAAUAUGAUGUGGUUCUGCUAGUAGGCCUUGGAAUAGGAGCAACCCCAAUGAUCAGCAUAGUGAAGGACAUUGUGAACAACAUGCAGGCAAUGGAGGAAGAAGACAGUGGGGUGGAGAAUGGGCAUGGAGUUGGCAGCAACAAUGGAGGAAGAAACUUUAAGACAAGAAAGGCAUACUUCUAUUGGGUAACGAGGGAGCAAGGGUCAUUUGACUGGUUCAAAGGGAUCAUGAAUGAAGUGGCUGAGAUGGACCAUAAGGGAGUCAUAGAGAUGCACAACUAUUGCACCAGUGUCUAUGAAGAAGGCGAUGCACGUUCCGCCCUCAUCACUAUGCUUCAGUCCCUCCACCAUGCCAAGAGUGGUGUAGACAUCGUUUCUGGAACUCGCGUUAAGUCUCAUUUUGCCAAGCCUAACUGGCGCAACGUAUACAAACGUAUUACCCUCAAUCACACCAAUGGCAAAGUUGGGGUUUUCUAUUGUGGGGCACCAGCAUUGACAAAAGAGCUAAGACAACUAGCCUUGGAUUUUUCUCGGAAGACAUCCACCAAGUUUGAUUUCCACAAAGAAAAUUUUUGACCUAGUAAUUACUAAAAUUAAGAAUAGAUCGCACAACUACUACCAAUGUCUAGUGUACAGAGGCUCUUGAUUGUUGAAUUAAUAUUGUAUCAGUUUUGCAUAAUGUUUGUAUCGACUGGAAUAUUUAAAAAAUGUCGUGCCAUAUGUUGACAGUUACACGGGUAGUGGAAUUUCUGUAGAUAUAAAUGUCUAAUCAUAUACUUCCUG